AUGGCAAACUCUUUCAACGACGACAGCGACUUAGAAAGCGUCUUUCAAUGGAUUCGAGAAGGGAAUCAGCAUCUCGCCGACGAAGAUUGGUGCAGGGCUGCCGAACAGUUUGGACGCGCCCACGAAAAAUUAAACGACUUGGCUUUAAGAGCCCAAUCCACGGAUGGUGACGUUGACCCUGAACUGCCAAAGAUUGUGUCCUUAUAUCAUCAGCAAGCUUGCGACUAUCUGCACCGAUCUCGAAAUGCAUUUUUGACCAUGUUGCGAAAAGAAACCGAUCAGGACAAGGAUACGACCGAUGCCGAACCGGCCUUUCGUUCCCUCACGGAAGAGGAGGCCGACCGAAGGUUGCGACUUUUUGUGCAGCUGUAUGGAGGUAACCUUGAGGUAUCAAUAGUAGAAAAUGUGCCAGCUACAAAACCAAUCGCGGACCAAGAAAGCAGUUUGGCGGAUCGAUUGGCCAGUCUCAACGCAUCAUUGCCGCAAGGUUUCAAAACCUCUGACCAACGCAUGCUUGACAUAGACCGGGGAUUGAAUCGCCUUGGGCUAUCUCUAUACUCGAGUCGAGAUGAACGACCAAAAAUUGAAGUGCCACAAUCUGAAGAGGACCAAGUUGCUUCCAUUAUUGCACAGACGAAGGACGAAAUGCGGUUCCAACCACCAGAAGCAGUUUCCUCGAUACCAGCCGUAGAGAUUGAUUCAUCGGUAGAUGAUUCCGAAGACGACGAAGACGAUCAGUCCUCCGCAACAGGGGAAUCGUUAUCACCUGAAGAUCGGCUGGCAAUCCAAGAAAUUGUGGUCGAAGCGCAGACGAAGUUGGCCGAACUCCUUGCCAUGCUAGAACUAGAUCUCAAUGCUGGCGAAGCUCCUCAACCGUUGGAUCAGCCGUCGGCACGAAACAUACUACAGUCCGCCCGCCGGCACCUGCAAAACGCAUCUCGGCAAUGGAAAGAAGCUCGCUUGUAAAGCAUACCUCGAAAACGCGAAACGCUAUUAUUUGCUUUCUAUUUGCGCCACAGCUUCCGGUGGCCGCAAAGAUGGUAGUCGGCACCUUAAGUUCGCACAUUUCGAUCAAAGCAUAUCAAGCGUUAUAGCAUAUAUUGCACUCGAAACCUUCAAAGCGUUCCGAAUAAUACACAUUUGUUGUAUCUUGUUAAAAAAUAAGGCCCUAUCACACAUCC